AUGGGUGACAUAACCCACCCUCCAAUGGAGCAGCUGCAUGACCUCGAGUACUGCAUCGACUCUAAUCCUUCAUGGCCUCAAACUAUCCUCUUAGGAUUUCAGAGUUACAUAGUAAUGCUCGGAACAAGUGUGAUGUUGCCAACAAUGCUUGUCCCGAUGAUGGGUGGAUCGGAUGCGGACAAGACACGUGUCGUGCAGACAUUGGUUUUCGUGUCUGGCGUCAACACGCUUGCUCAAUCACUUUUUGGGACUCGAUUGCCUGCCGUUGUUGGGGGCUCCUUUGCUUAUGUCAUCCCGAUCACAUACAUCAUUAAUGACUCGUCAUUACAAAAAAUCGAUGAUCCUCAUUUGAGAUUCAUGCAUACCGUGAGAGCUAUACAAGGAGCUCUUCUUGUAGCAUCGAGCGUACAAAUAGUUAUAGGCUACAGCCAAAUGUGGGGUCUGUUUUCCAGAUUUUUCAGUCCUCUUGGGAUGGCGCCUAUGGUCGGUUUGGUUGGUUUGGGCUUAUUUCAACAAGGCUUUCCUGCACUAGGGAAUUGUGUGGAGAUCGGUUUGCCUAUGCUUCUUCUAGUUAUUGGCUUUUCGCAGUAUCUGAAGCAUGUGAGGCCAGUGAAGGGCUUCCCCGUAUUCGAGAGAUUCUCUGUAUUAGUUUGUUUCUCGAUUAUCUGGUUAUUCGCACUCAUACUUACGGGCAGUGGAGCUUACCGUGAAAAACCGGAUAAAACUCAGCUUAGUUGCCGUACAGACCGAGCCAAUCUUGUAGCUACUUCUCCAUGGUUCAUGAUUCCAUAUCCAUUUCAGUGGGGCCCGCCGACCUUUUCAGCAGGUCACUCGUUUGCCAUGAUAUCGGCUGUUCUUGUGUCGAUGAUUGAGUCGACAGGGGCUUAUAAUGCAGCUGCUCGUCUAGCGAUUGCUACUCCACCGCCUGCUUACGUACUCAGCCGAGGCAUUGGUUGGCAGGGAGUUUCCAUAUUGUGCGAUGGUCUUUUUGGAACAUGUGUCGGCUCCGCUGUGUCCGUGGAAAAUGUGGGGCUGCUGGGUCUAACUCGAGUCGGGAGCCGUAGAGUUGUCCAAGUUUCGGCUGGAUUCAUGAUAUUCCUUUCUGUUUUUGGCAAAUUUGGAGCUGUUUUUGCAUCGAUACCAACUCCAAUAUUUGCCGGACUAUACUGUGUUCUGUUUGGCCUUGUCGGAUCAGUCGGUUUAUCCUUUCUUCAGUUUACCAAUAUGAACUCUAUGAGAAAUCUGUUCAUAACUGGCAUUUCACUUUUCCUUGGGAUCUCAAUUCCUCAUUUUUUCGGCGAAUAUUGGAGUAGCCGUGGUGGACUAUUUCACACACGUGCCGGUUGGUUCAAUGCGUUCUUUAACACAAUUUUCAUGUCACCUCCAACAAUCGCGUUCAUGGUGGCCGUUUUUAUCGACAACACUUUAGAGGUGGAAAAAUCGGGAGCUGACCGUGGCAUGCCGUGGUGGGUCAAGUUCAGGACAUUCAACGGCGACACUCGAAACGAAGAGUUUUAUAAACUGCCUUUCAAUCUCAACAAAUACUUUCCACCCACAUAG